UUUUUGCAUUUUUUGUUGUUUCACCAUUCGCUUUUUAAAUUGACUUUCGCAGUUCGCUUUUUUGAGCGAAAUCUUUAUAACCCCUAAUGACAGAUAUUUAAUUUGAGUGAAAGAUAAGCGGGAGAAGAAAAGGAAGGGUAAAAAUGAGGCAAGUGAAAAUAAAUAUAAUUUUUUGUCGGAGGAAUGUAUAGUCGAUUGGUUAAGUGUCUGUCUUGGAUUCGGAUAUUCGAAAUUUACGGUUCGGAUAUUGGAUCCGAAUAUCCAGCGAUUUCCCAGGAUCCGACAACUCUAUUCACAGUCAAAGAAAAGAGAUUUCUAGGAAUCAUACACAAAUAAAAAAAUCAAGGUCAAUAUUUUCCUUUAUUUCUGACGUCCUCUCAAAGC